AAUUUCCAUUUGACAUUUUUUUCCUCUACCUGCUAGUUUCCACCAAGUGUUUAAUGCUUUUUGCCAGCCCACCAGGGCCUACCCAUGGCAACUCCCUACUCCAAAUUGUACUCUCCUUCUACAGUCUUUCCCUCUCGAUUUCCAAAUCUCAUCUGUUUGGAUAGAGAGGAGACUGAUCCCACUGCAUAUGGAGGACCCUUUGAUUUCUCAAAAUCACGAGAUGGGAUUCCUGGCUUGGUUUUUGGGUUUUCAGGAUUUUCAUAUCUCAUCUGUUUGGAUACAGAGGAGAUUGAUCCCCCUGCAUAUGGAGCACCCUUAGAUUUCUCAAAAUCACGAGAUAAGAUUCCUGGCUUAGUUUUUGGGUUUCUCAGACUGGGUAUAUUCUACAAGGGGAAAAGGACCAAUUGCAGCCCGCCAAGCCUUACUAGUGCCAACCCCCUACCCCAAAUAGUUCUCUCCUUCUACAGUCUCUCCCUCUUGUAUGCCUCUAGCAAAAUUUUUGCCUAUGCACCGUUAAUUGAAUUGAUAAUUUCUGCUGCUGUUCUGUUGGUUGAUAUAGGAUUUCCAAAUCUCAUCUGUUUGGAUACAGAGGAGAAUGAUCCCAUUGCAUAUGGAGGACCCUUAGAUUUUCAAAAUGACGAGAUGAGAUUCCUGGCCUAGUUUUUGGGUUUUCCAGGUCUUCCUCUCCCGUAUGCCUCUAGCAAAAUUUUCGCCUUUGCACCUUUAAUUGAGUUGAUGAUUUCUGUUGUUGUUCUGUUGAUAUAGGAUUUCCAUAUCUCAUCUGUUUGGAUACAAAGGAGACUGAUCCCACUACAUAUGGAGGACCCUUAGAUUUCUCAAAAUCACAAGAUGGGAUUCCUGGCUUGGUUUUUUGGUUUUUAAGGUAAGUUCUAAAUAAUUCCUCUUAGAAUUG